AUGCUUCUCGCCUCCACCCGCACAGCCGCCUACCUCGUUGACCUCGCGGCGCUGCUGGCCAUGGGAUACUUCAUCUGGCGCUGGCCGAGCACCGCUGGCGCCGCAGUCGGUGGCCUCAUAGGCUGCGUCGUGGCGGCGCUGAACGACAGCUGGGAGAUGAUUGCGCAGCUCGACCCCACGCUCAACUUCCCGCCCAUCAAGGCGGCGCGCGUCGUGGUGCACGACCUGCUCAGCCUGGCCAUCUGCGUGGGCGGACUGAUGCUUCUGCUCUUUAUGGAUCUGCGUGAGAGGAGAGAGGCCGACGACGCUGCGUACGACCGCGGCAGCGACUGGGACACCAAGAGGAAGGUGGUCAUGGUGGCGCAGUGGCUGGUUGGGGCCGUUGCGUGA